UACAAAACUUGUUAAACCUCAAAACUUCUUUUCAUUCUACAAAACUACAAAUGGCAAAUUCUAUGGCCCUAUCUCACCUGGCUAUAAUAUUGGCCAUUAAUAUUUUCAUUGCUGGACCAACCUAUGCACAAAUCAAUACUCCAUGUAACCCUUCAACACUAAGCACUCUCUUCACACCUUGUAUGAGUUUUCUUACGAAUAGUAGUGCUAAUGGAACUUCACCAACAACUCAAUGCUGCACUGCUCUUAAGUCUCUUACAAGUGGUGGUAUGGACUGUUUGUGUCUCAUUGUUACGGCUAGUGUUCCGUUCAAGAUUCCAAUCAACAGAACCUUGGCCAUCUCUCUUCCCCGCGCAUGCAAGAUGCCUGGUGUUCCCGUUCAAUGCAAAGCCUCAGCUUCACCACUUCCUGCUCCUGGACCAAUGGCUCUAGGACCAUCUCUUUCACCUGCAUCAUCUCCUUCUCUCUCAGGAUUUACACCAACUCCUAGUCCUCAAGCAUCUUCUGACCUUCCUUCACCAACUUCAUCUCCUCUGGCACCACAACAAAACACAAAUGCUCCACUUUUGGCUCCACCAUCUCCAUCUGUCGAUUCCAAUACCCCUUCUACAUCUACAACUGGAAGUGGCCACUCUUCUCUAACUCCAUCUUCUGCAGUGACAUCUUACAGUGUCUCACCUUCUGUUUUAUUGAUUGCACUUGGAAUUGUUACUCUCAAAUACUACUAGAUUCUGCGUUUGUCAUAUCCUAUGCAGAUGUAUCUAUAUAGGUUGUUACUUGUUAUAAUUAUAUUUUUUGUAGUGUGGUUAUUGUAUUAUAUUGUAUUGGAGUUAUAUUUAUAGAUUAAUUAUUUCAUACCCCACGUUAGGGGAGUAUUUGUGAUUUAUGUAUCAUA